GAUCUCGUUCGAUAAGAAACGGCGAGAAUUCCUUAGUCCAUUGAUACCGUUGAUGUAAAGGGUUAUUUUCACUAAAACUACACUGUACGAAGUAUAUCUGUACAGGUCAAUUUGUUGAUUGAGAGUCAAGGUAUGUUCAUAUCAAAGAUUAUUACAGAUGAAGUGUGUGCACUGACAGCAUUACCUAAUAAAGAGUAGAUAAGUUUUAGUGAUAUAUCAAAGUGAGCAGAAGUUAAAACAGCUGUUCACUGGUUUUCUUGUGAUAAAAAAGAAAAAUGGCGGGCCCCUCCAAGGGAAACCCUCAUGGACUUAAACAGAUAGGACUUGAUCAGAUCUGGGAUGAUCUCAAAGCUGGAAUUGAACAUGUAUACGAAAGACAGAGCAUGGCUCGUACCAGAUACAUGGAGCUUUAUACCCAUGUGUAUAACUACUGUACCAGUGUCCACCAGGCCUCUGGGAGCAGGGCAUCCACCAAGUCCAAGAAAGGCCAGUCUGUGGGCGGAGCACAGUUUGUAGGACUAGAACUGUACAAGAGACUUAGGGAAUUCUUAAAGAAUUAUUUAGUCAAUUUGUUGAAGGAUGGUGAGGGCCUUAUGGAUGAAGGAGUACUUCAGUUCUAUACUAAACAGUGGGAGGAAUAUCAGUUCUCAAGUAAGGUUCUUGAUGGUAUUUGCGCCUACCUCAAUCGACACUGGGUCAGGAGGGAAAUAGAUGAAGGCAGGAAAGGAAUUUAUGACAUAUAUUCUUUGGCUUUGGUGACAUGGAGAGAGCAUCUUUUCAAGGUUCUGAACAAACAAGUAACUAAUGCCGUCCUGAAACUCAUUGAGCGUGAGCGCCAUGGGGAAACCAUUAACACAAGGCUAGUCAGUGGUGUCAUCAACUGUUAUGUUGCCCUCGGCCUUAAUGAAGAAGAUCCCACAGCCAAGGGCCCCACGUUAUCAGUGUAUAAGGAGAACUUUGAGACCCCCUUCCUGGACGACACAGAGCGAUUUUAUACUAGAGAAAGCACAGAGUUCUUACGGCAAAACCCAGUCACAGAGUAUAUGAAAAAGGCCGAGUCUAGACUCCAAGAGGAGACAAAACGUGUGCAGGUGUACUUGCACGAGAGCACACAGGACGUCCUGGCACGUGUGUGCGAGAAGGUGCUGAUAGAGAAACACCUGGAAAUAUUUCAUUCUGAGUUCCAGAAUCUGCUGGACUCUGACAAAAAUGAUGAUUUGGGCAGAAUGUACCAGCUGGUGUCUAGGAUAACGGACGGCCUGGGAGAGCUGAAGGGUCUGCUGGAGACACAUAUACACAACCAAGGCUUAGCAGCCAUAGAGAGGUGUGGGGAUUCUGCCUUAAAUGAGCCUAAGGUUUACGUACAGACUAUCCUCGAUGUACACAAGAAGUACAAUGCCUUGGUGAUGACAGCUUUUAACAAUGACGCAGGCUUUGUUGCUGCCUUAGAUAAGGCAUGUGGCAAGUUUAUCAACAAUAAUGCUGUGACAAAGAUGGCCAAUUCCUCCAGUAAGUCCCCUGAACUGCUGGCCAAGUACUGCGACUUACUCUUAAAGAAAAGCUCAAAGAAUCCAGAAGAAGCAGAGUUGGAGGACACAUUAAAUCAAGUGAUGAUCGUGUUCAAGUACAUAGAAGACAAGGAUGUGUUCCAGAAGUUCUACAGCAAGAUGCUGGCCAAGAGACUGGUCCAUCACAUGUCAGCCAGCGACGACGCGGAGGCCAGCAUGAUCUCAAAACUGAAGCAAGCCUGUGGUUUUGAAUACACCUCCAAACUCCAGCGCAUGUUUCAAGACAUCGGGGUCAGUAAAGACCUCAACGAGAACUUCAAGCGCCAUCUGCAGGUGUCUGGAGAACCACUCGACAUUGACUUCAGUAUUCAAGUACUGAGCUCUGGGUCCUGGCCAUUCACACAAUCCUGCACAUUUUCUUUGCCAAUAGAGCUGGAGCGUAGCUACCAGAGGUUCACCACAUUCUACAGCAGUCAGCACAGUGGACGCAAGCUGAGCUGGAUCUACAACAUGUCCAAGGGAGAACUGGUCACCAACUGCUUCAAGAGCAGGUACACCCUGCAGGCCUCUACAUUUCAAAUGGCAGUUCUCCUUCAGUACAACACUUCUGACAGUUUUACAGUGCAACAGCUACAUGAGAGCACACAAAUAAAAAUGGAUAUCCUGACCCAGGUCCUGGCCAUAUUGCUCAAGUCCAAGCUGUUGGUGACAGACCAGGACAGUGAAGAGACUGAGCUCCAACCCACCACUACCAUCAGCCUAUUUCAUGGAUAUAAAAAUAAAAAACUGCGUGUCCAGAUCAAUAUUCCUAUGAAGACAGAAGUCAAGCAGGAGCAGGAGACAACACACAAACACAUCGAGGAGGACAGAAAACUACUUAUUCAGGCUGCCAUUGUGCGUAUUAUGAAGAUGCGUAAAGUGUUAAAACAUCAGCAGUUGCUAGCAGAAGUGUUAAGCCAGCUGUCCUCUCGUUUUAAACCCAGAGUGCCAGUGAUUAAGAAAUGUAUAGACAUCCUCAUUGAGAAGGAAUACUUGGAGAGGGUGGAGGGACAAAAAGACACCUACAGUUACUUGGCCUAGAUCUCCACGACAUCUGUGCAAUACUGGCCCAAGAUGUCUCAGGAACAGAAAAUUUAAGACAUUCACAAUCGAAGCUUAAUAUGAGGAAUUCCUGAGCAACUGCCCUUUUUAUAUAUUUAUUUUAACAAUGGUACUGAUUUCAAUCGUUCAACAGUGCAUGCUAUAAUGGAAGCAAAAUGGAAGAAGACGAGAAUAAAUGCAGGCACUGUAUUUUGAAUUAUUUUUUAUUUAUAUUGUUGAUCAUUUGAUCAUCGCCAGACACUGAAGGUUUCUUUUACUAUGAGAUAAGAUGCUGCAUAAAAGGAACUCUAAAUUGGAUAAACAUAUGAGGGAGAUGAUACUACAACUGUAGGACACAAUUGUUUUGCCAAGCUAUAAAGACCACUGUGCCCAACAAAAUGAAAGUCCGGUGAAAUGCAUAUUUUUUUCUGCUGGAAAAAUGGGUUUGUGUGUGUGUAUAUAUAUGGGAACAGUUGAUCUCACUCUGUUACAAACUAUUGGAUUUGAAACAGUGCAAUGGUUUGGUCAUUCAGAAAGACUCUUAGUACCGACUUUUUUUUUUUUUUUUGCGUGGGACAUUUGUUUUAAAACAGUUUCAUUGCUCUUUUAUUUUAUACUAAAUAUGGAGUGUCUGUUGCUUACUUAACACACAUUGUUUAGGUUAUUUUCAGAUUUAUUUUAAACAAAUUUCACGAGAAAGCUUGACCAGAACUUGGGGCAAUCCUUAUGUUAAACUUGAGGUGGCCCAGUACAGUUGACCUUGAAAGGAAAAAGAGAAAGACACCUUUGGCAUCUUAUCUUCAAUGUUUACACCGAUUCACGAACAGUUGCGUCUUGUUGUAUUUUAUGUAAUUAAUAUAUAAUAUUAUUAUAAUAUUAUCAUUUUGUCAUCUAUCUCAUGACACGUGCUGUGGUCGUUUUACGAACACGGGACUAUUGCUACCGUGGAGGGGAAUUUGGAAGCCGGAAUUUCAUAGUGUAUAAUAAACAUUACAGUGUAUAAA